GCAACCGAACCCAAUAAAACAUAGUGUAGCCAUCAUAAAAAAAACACUCCAAUUCCCCGAGCUCUCUUUCUCUAGAAAUCAAUCAAAUAAUUCCAUUAAUUUUCCAGCUUCUUCUUUUUUGUCCGUCGUUGCAGUGUUGAAAGAAAUGAAGCUUUAUAAAGGAAGUAUGCGAAAAAUGGGUUCUUCAUCAGUUGAAGAUAUUCCAGCAAUGCAGGAUCGGAUUAUUUUUUCUAAAGAGGUUAUUUUUGAGAAGGUUAAUCGAGCUUUGGGAAGGGUUUACAUCUUGAAAUUCAAUACAAAUGAUCAAGAGUCUUUCAUUUGGAUGCAGGCCAAGAGCCAAAAUCUUAAGAUGAUCCACAAUUGUGUAACUCUGUCAACUAUUAUAUUAAUUGUCCAUUUGGUUUUUGAAGACAUGCUUAAAGAUAAUAUCUCAUCAAGGAUUGGAAACUUAGUUGUCCCAAACCUUGGUGCAGAAGUAAUGAGUGAUGUAACCUCUUCAUCAGGACCAGUGAAAUUGGAAGACUUGCAAUAAAUCCUGAGUAAUAUUGGUGCUGGAGGAAUGUUCUGCUCAAAUAUUGCAAUUGACCAUAUCCUUGUUUGUUGCACUUAGGUUGGCCCGCGUGAUGUGAUGAUACAUGUUGCAGGUAGUUCGGGUGAUGCAGAUGAAGGGGAUAUACUGAAGCUUGAUUUGAUAAUGCCAUUGAUUGAGACAUCGUCGUUUGAAGAAGGAUUAACAUCUCACUUACCUGAGGUAUAAGAAGGUCUUAUGUUUGGGAUUUCUUGUAUGUUUUAUGUCGAUGCAUUCUGAGGUAAUUAUGAGGUUGCAGGGUCACUGCACUCCAGAGGAUAUUUUAGAAUUGUUGCAGAGUCCUCCUUUCCGUCAGCAAAUGGAUUCUUUUACUUAUGUAAAAAAUGCGAGGCUGAUUCUUCUUGUUCUGUUUCUUGUCCUUUUGAUGAUAACUAAUUUUACAAAGCUUAACUCUUCUUUUUGUUUGAAGGUUCUCCGAACUGGACAUAGAUUUGUCUCAAUUUAGGAUCGACCUGUAGCAUAACAAUGGUUUUUAAAUACAUGAUUUUCUCUUUAGCAAAUCAUUUACUCA